AAAUCUCCCUCGAAGUAAGGAGUAGAGAAAAUGCUAAACACGAUGCAGAUCGAGUCAGCCUCACGUUCCAAGCAUGUCAUGACGUAUCCGUGAAAUCAUGCAGGUACCACAUCAAACCAAUCUCAUCUCACAUAGACGGAGGUCUGAGGUGAAAUACAACCAUUGCUCUCCCUUUAGGACUAAUUACAGGCGGCACAAUGACUGUCAACGGCAAGUGCUACUGCGGAGCCAUUCAAUGGCACGUUGUUGGACCAGUCGACUUCACGGCCGUAUGCCAUUGCAGAGACUGUCAGUGCAUCAGCGGGUCGGCAUACGGCUCUACGUCUCUUAUGAUCUAUGACCCCAAAGGUGUCGAGUUCUCUGGAAGCAUUAAACCAAAGGUAUACCACGCAAAGUCAGAUGCAGGUCGCAACACCCAACGUGGUUUCUGCCCCGAAUGUGGCACAGUUCUAUUCAAUCAUGUCUCGGAGGGUGAAGAGGAUGAACAUUGGGCGAUGCGCACCGGAAGUAUGGCCGACUCCCGAGCUCUGAGGAUGGACAAGGAGAUCUUUAUGAAGUCGAAGCUUUCCUGGGUGCCGAUCGUGACGAAGGCGGACAGCCACUAUAUCGGGAUGCCGAAACGGAAGAACAAAGGGCCGCAGACAACCAUCGAUGAGACGUUGAAUGAGGGAGAGCAGCUGAAAGGGGAAUUGCCUGCUGCGGACGACGAUGCGGAUAACGGGGAACCCGGAAAAGACGACCAAGGACAAACGACGAUUGAGCAGAGUUUUAAUGGCAAGGCUGCAGGCCCAAAAGGAACCUGGGGGAACCGUAAGCGCAAGAAGACUUCCUGAGCUGGCGUAGAGUUGUUGAGAGGUAGUUGAGGCGGCCGGUCAGGA